AUGGCGAGGGGAAGAGGAAGAGGGCGAGGCCGAGGCCGAGGCCGGAAAACAUCAAUACUAACAGUUGGUAGCUCAGUUGGAGCUCGAGUGGAAGCAAUCAAGUUGAAUCAGCAGGAACAAGCUCAAAAGGAGGAAGGUAGUUUUGAAGAUAGACUCUCUGUGAGUUCUAAAGUUUCAAGGAAUUUGAGCUUAAACUAUUCACUGGAGAAGGAAGAGGUACAUGGUAACUCAGAUCUAGAACAUUCUGAUGGUGAGAAUAAGGUGGAUAUCAAUGGAACAGUAACUGAAGUUGACAACAGUAAGGGAGGUAUAGAGAGGGAGAAAAGUAAGGAACAUAAGGAGCCUUGGGUUAAUAUGUUUAAAAAUAAUCGUGCAGCUAACAAUGGAAUGAAGUUGACUUACUUUCCUACACAAAUAGUGAAUGGACAAACUAUGGUUCAGCUGGAAGGGAAAGAGGUACAGAUUGAAGAAGAGAAGUGGAAAUGUGCACUUAUAGUCUAUGUAAUUGGUGAAUGUCCUGGAUAUAAUACUAUGAGUAGGUACAUACUGAUGAACUGGUCGAAAGUGGAUAAACCUGAUGUAUUUCUUCAUGAGAAAGGAUACUAUAUAAUCAAGUUUAAGAGCUUGAAUGACAUGAAUGAGGUGCUAUAUUCAGGGCCAUAUACUAUAAGUAAUAGGCCUAUUAUAUUGAAGCAACGGAGUCCUGAUUUUGAUUUUGGGAAUGAGUUCUUAACUGAAAUACCUCUAUGGGUUAACUUUCCUAAAUUGCCUCUAAAUUGUCGGGGAGCUGGAUCACUGAGUCGAAUUGCUAGUGCUAUAGGAGUGCCAUUAUUUGCUGAUGAGUGUACUACAAAGCAGACAAGAAUAUCCUAUACUAGAAUGCUUAUUGAAGUGAAUGUUACUAAGCCUAUUCCUCAGAAGAUAACAGUCAUGGAUCCAAAUGGUAGAACUUUUAUGCAGGAUGUUGUGAUGGAGUGGAAGCCUCUAUAUUGUGAUAAAUGUCAGAAGAUUGGACAUCAAUGUCAAUCAACAACAAUGGAGGAUCUGCCAAAGAAGAGAAGGCCAUGGAAAAAAGUUACACAGACUUGGCAAUAUAAAGGACCAAUCCAACAGCAGGAGAAGAAGGGUGAACAAAGAAAGGUGCUAGAGAAUAUAGAAGAUGAUUCUUCUUCUGUGCAAAAGGAGAAACAAGAGAUAGAACAAAGAAGAGAUCAUGAAAUAAAGCAAACACCAAAACUUAAUCUAAGGCCUAAUACAAGAAGUAAGCAGCUGGAAUUUAGUUUUUCCAAUUUUCCUAUGUUAUCAGCCAUACCAAUGAGAAAUGGAUUUGAGAGCCUCAUGAAUAACAAGCUGACUUCACUGCCUGUGGAUAGAGGGUUAAUUGAAACUAGAGUGAAAGAGGUAAAUGCAAAAACUACAAUUAAUGGUAUAGCUCCAGGAUGGAAAAGUCUGAACAAUUACAAGGAGGCUGUUAAUGGGAGAAUUUGGAUUAUAUGGGAUGAUAGUUGGUAUGAUGUUAAUCUAAUAACUAGUUCAGCUCAGAUGAUACAUUGUCAUAUAAAUGAAAGAAGUAAAGGAGAUUUUAAUGCUCUUUUGUCACCCAAGGAUAGACUAGCUGGAACUCCUGUGAAUUUGAAUGAGAUAAAGGAUUUUGUAGACUGUGUCAAGGUUAUGUGCAUGAAUGAAUUGCAAUGGAAAGGUAGUUACUAUACUUGGAAUAAUAAGCAGAUUGGUAAUGCUAGAAUCUCAAGCAGGAUUGAUAGAGCCUUUGGGAAUGAUGCAUGCAUGGAUAAAUGGGGACAUGUUAUUUUAGAAUAUGGUAAUCAAGGAGUUUCAGAUCAUAGCUCAAUGCAAUUGUUACUUCAUCAAAAUUACCAACAGGUAAAAGAAAGUUUUAAGUUCUUUAAUAUAUGGACUGAACAUGAAUCCUUCUUAGAACUGGUGGAGAAAGUGUGGAAGCAGAAGAAAGGAAGGGAUUUAAUGAAGAUGCUUUGUAACCAAGCAAAUGAUGAUUUAGUUACUAAAGAAAAAGAUCUCGUAACAAAAUUUGAAAAGUGGUCUUUGAUUGAGGAAAGUGCUCUUAGGAAAAAAGCAAGAGCAAAAUGGAUUAAGCUGGGGGAUGCAAACAACAAAUAUUUUAGCUCUGCGAUAAAGGAGAGAAAUUAUAAGAAGCAUAUUAGAAGUUUGAUGUCAAUAGAUGGAAAGAUGUUGUAUGAUCCCCAAGAGAUUCAAGAUGAGUUUGUCUUAUUUUACAAAAGUCUAAUGGGCACAGCAGCAGAUAAUCUUCCAACUAUAAAUGUUCAGGUGAUGAAAAGGGGGCCUGUUUUGUCAAGACAACACAUAAUUCAACUUUGUGCAACAAUAACUGACCAGGAGAUAGCUGAAGCUUUGAAGUCUGUUGGGAAUGAUAAGGCUCCAGGUAAUGAUGGUUACAAUGCUCUAUUUUUUAAGUAUACAUGGAAGAUUAUUGAUUAUGAUGUCAUUAAUGCUGUCAAGAGUUUCUUCACAACAGGGAAUCUUUUUAAGCCUUUUAACUGCACCCUUGUUUCUCUAAUACCAAAGGUACAUAGUCCAAAGAAUGUGAAAGAAUAUAGGCCUAUUGCUUAUUGUACUGUCCUGUAUAAAAUCAUUUCAAAAUUGAUAACUCACAGAUUACAUGAAGUUAUUCACACUGUUAUCGGUGAUAGUCAAGCAGGAUUCAUUCCAGGGAGGAAAAUUGGAGACAACAUAAUUCUAGCUUAUGAAUUGGUAAAGGCUUAUACUAGGAAGAAUGUAUCUCCUAGAAGUAUGCUUAAGAUUGACCUACAAAAAGCAUAUGAUUCAGUAGAAUGUCCUUUCUUAGAGAAAGUGGUGGUAGGCUUGGGUUUUCCUGAAUUAUUUACUCAAUGGGUAAUGCAGUGUGUUAAAACAGUGAAUUACACUAUUGUAGUCAAUGGUUAG